CGAUGGCAAUUGCUACCCAUUAUCAUUUAAACAGUCUACGCAAAUGUAAGCGAUGUGAUUUUUUGGCAUCAUUCUAUCACUGAUAUACCAUCCUUUGUUUCAUUAAUUCCAUUCGUUCCCUUACCGCCAGCGGUGUUCGAUCAUUCAGUUAUUUACUUAGUUUGCAAUAUUUCGUAAAUUUAUUUCAGAAUAGCUUGUAAAGUGUAUGAUAAAAAUAAUUUAACCGACUCCUAAAUUAAUAUAAUGCGAGUGAGUGCAGUUUGGCAGCAUUUUGACAAAGUUGACGAAGGGAGAAGAGUAAAGUGCAAAGAGUGUAAUAAAUUGUUAAAAUACAACAAAAGCACGACAACACUUUCGUUUCAUCUGAGAGCUAUGCACGGAAUAGACACAGCAAAACCUAAGGCUGAAGUUGAUUUCACUGACACUGGAAGUACCAUUCGAGAAUUAACCAGCGAAUAUUGCUUCUUGUGUGGUAAACCAGAUAAACAUUCGAAUCAAACAUUCCAAAAUAUUGAAACAUGCAAAGUGCCGGCUUCUGGAAAACCAGUUCAGGUCGUAUUACAACACCUUGCCCAUUGUGUAAAAACAAAUCUGGUAUUUCAAGGAGUCGCAAGUAUUUGUUUGGAAUGUUGCGAUGAAUUAGCCGAAUAUGAUAAUUUAAUGGUUAAUCUGCUUUCAUUUCAAAAACGUUUAACUGAAAGAUUACGGUCGGUUUUAUCUGGCGAACUGAAGUUAGAACUGAUCGAUUAUGAAGAGUCUAUUGCUGAAGCAAUGAUCGUUGAAGACGAUGGUCAGGUAGAAGAUGCCUUUGAUCCUGGUAUGGAGGCCAAAGAAGAAUUUAUAGAAAUAGUUGGAAAUGAGGAAAGUGUUGAAAGCACAAUUCAAGAUGAUGAAAGCAUGCACAGUGACAAAGACUUUAAUGAUGAUGAGGAUGAAUGGAACGCUGAUAAAAUGUUUGGGGAGAAGAGUCAGGAAUGUGUUGUUUGUGGAUUAAUUUUUAAAACGAAAUCUGAACUUCAAAGGCAUAUAAACUCAGCGCAUGACAUAAAACAAUUUGUUUGCCCUGUCUGUGGUGUAGUCCGUAGAGAUCAAGAAUAUUUGGAAUUACAUAUGAAUCUGCAUGAAGGUAAGACAGAGUACGAGUGUCGGUACUGUGAUAAACGCUUCACUAGACCAGUAAAUACAUUACGCCACAUGCGUAAACAUUGGGACAAAAAGGAAUAUCAAUGCGAAAAAUGUGGAGAACGAUUUUCUUUAGAUAAUAUGCUUUACAAUCAUCGUAUGCGUCAUGAGGCCGAAGAAAAUCCGCUUAUUUGCAGUAUAUGUAACCAGUCAUUUAGGUCAAGAAAAACGUAUAAUCAUCACAUGCUUAUUCACCAAGAAAAUAGGCCACGACACCAUUGCACACACUGCUCAAAGUCCUUCACCGAACGUUAUACGCUAAAAAUGCAUAUGAAAUCACAUAAUAUUGAACUUCCAUCUACCCGCUUAAAAAUGGCACAACUAUUUGACGAGCAGGAACUUAACGAAACUAAGUUAGCCGUAUCUACGCUAAUCUCGAAAUUUGACACAUCUCCCCAGAAAGAGUUUAGCUGUGUAAUUUGCAGCCGAUCAUUUGAAAAUAAAGAAAAUUUGGAGAAACAUUUGGAAAGCGAUCAUGAUGUUAUUUUAGGUGAUGAUAACAACCAAUAAAUUACAUGCUUAUUCUUUUAUAAAGAUAUUCUAAUAAAUAUUA